CCCGGGUUCCUCCACAGCCACCCAGUCCCGCCAUGCGCUUUGCGCCGCUCCUACCUCUGCUGCUCCUGCUGUGGCCGCGGCUCUGGGCUGCCGGUGUCACGGAGUCGACUCUACCCACCGUAGUCCUUGUCAUCCUGGCCCGAAAUGCUGAACAUUCUCUGCCCCACUACCUGGGUGCGCUGGAGCGCCUGGACUACCCCCGGGCCAGGCUGGCCCUCUGGUGUGCCACAGAUCACAACAUGGACAACACCACAGGGAUGCUUCAGGAAUGGCUGGCAGCUGUGGGCUCCGACUAUGCGACUGUGCGCUGGAGGCCUGAGGAGGAGGCCAGGUCCUACCCAGAUGAACAGGGUCCCAAGCACUGGACCAAAGAAAGGCAUCAGUUUUUGAUGGAGCUGAGGCAGGAAGCGCUGGCCUUUGCCAGGGACUGGGGAGCUGACUACAUCCUGUUCGCAGAUACAGACAACAUUCUUACCAACAACCAGACACUGAGGCUUCUCAUAGAUCGGCAACUGCCAGUGGUGGCCCCAAUGCUGGACUCCCAGACCUAUUAUUCCAACUUUUGGUGUGGUAUCACUCCACAGGGCUACUAUCGCCGCACAGCUGAAUACUUCCCUACUAAGAACCGCCAGCGCCAGGGCUGCUUCCGGGUCCCUAUGGUCCACUCUACCUUCCUGGUAUCCUUGCAGACCAAGGAAACAGCCCAGCUUGCCUUCUACCCACCUCAUCCCAACUAUACGUGGCCUUUUGAUGACAUCAUUGUCUUCGCCUAUGCUUGCCAGGCUGCUGGGGUCUCAGUGCAUGUGUGCAAUGAACAUCGUUACGGAUACAUGAAUGUGGCAGUGAAGCCCCACCAGGGGCUGGAGGAAGAGAAGACUAACUUUAUCCACCUGAUUUUGGAAGCACUAGUGGAUGGACCCCCCAUGCUGGCCUCAGCUCAUGUAUCUCGGCCUCCAAAGAAGCCCAGCAAAAUGGGGUUUGAUGAAGUCUUUGUCAUCAGCCUGGCCCGCAGACCCCUUCGCCGGGCUCGAAUGCUGAGCUCUCUCUGGGAGAUGGAGAUCUCUGCCCAGGUGGUGGACGCUGUGGAUGGCAGGACACUCAACAGCAGUAUCCUCAAACACCUUGGUGUGGACCUGCUCCCUGGCUACCAAGAUCCCUACUCGGGCCGCACACUGACCAAGGGUGAGGUGGGCUGCUUCCUCAGUCACUACUCCAUCUGGGAAGAGGUGGUUGCCAGGGGCCUGGCCCGAGUCAUGGUGUUUGAGGAUGACGUGCGCUUUGAGGACAACUUCCGGAGGCGGCUGGAACGGCUGAUGGAGGAUGUGCUGACUCAGAAGCUGUCAUGGGACUUGAUCUACCUUGGGCGGAAGCAGGUGAACCCUGAGGAGGAAGUGGCUGUGGAGGGGCUGCCUGGUCUCGUGGUGGCUGGGUACUCCUAUUGGACACUCGCAUACACCUUGAGCCUGGCAGGUGCUCGAAAACUGUUAGCCUCCCAGCCUCUGCACCGCAUGCUACCUGUGGAUGAGUUCCUGCCUGUCAUGUUUGAUCGCCACCCAAAUGACCAGUACAAAGCAUAUUUCUGGCCUCGGGACCUCCAAGCCUUCUCAGCCAGGCCUCUGCUUGCCUCCCCCACACACUAUGCGGGAGAUGCUGAGUGGCUUAGUGACACGGAGACAUCCUCCCCCUGGGAUGAUGACAGUGGCCGCCUCAUUAGCUGGACUGGCUCUCAAAAGACCCUUCGUGGGCCCCACCUGCACCUGGCUGGCAGCAGUGGACAUAGUCUCUAUCCUCACCCCAGGGAUGAACUGUAGGUGAGGCUGGACCUAGAAGAGGGCUAGUCCACAGUCCAGGUUAACCUUCUCAGUGCUCUUUCUCUCCUCCCUCCUCCUGCUUCUCUCCUGAUCCCCAACCCACCUCUUCUCUCUUUCUCUUUUUCUCCAAUUUCUCUAGUUUGCCUUUGUGUCUGUCUCUCUACCUGUCUGUCUCUCUCCAUAGCUGUUGACAUCUUUACGUGUGACUUUCCUUUUCUCUCUCUUGCCCCAUUGGCCCCUAGCCCAUGAGGUCCAUGCUUCAGAGGAGCAAUGAGAACAGAGAGGAGGAGGAGACAGAGCCAGCAGAAACCGGACUUCUAUUUUGGGCUCAGCCAGUCAGUCUUCUAUCCUCUGGACCCAUUCCAGGGUGGGAGAAACACUCAAGGGCAGAGUCCAUUCCUGGGUGAAGAGACUAAGACCCCAAGACUCUUGACUCUGAGUGCAAAUUUAGAGCCCAGUGGGCUCAGAGAUGGGGAGGCCUCAGCCUUUGGCCAGAGCCCAGAAUCCUGCCUUCUGAGGACCCAGCUACUUUGCCUCCAUCUACCUCCUGCUCUUUCCCUGACUCACAUCUUGGGCUCAUUAACACCUUCUUUCCCGGCUGGUGGAAAGUGCAGGAAGAUGGGAGGCAUACCUGGUACUUAACACACAGUAGGCCUUCAAUAAAAGCCAUCUGCAUUAGCACUUUAUACUUCA